AUGCUGAGACUGCUAACAGCAACGCUGAGGAGUGGAGGUGGUAAGUGUUGGUCUUGCUUCGGCGCUCCACGUGGUGUUAUCGGACGUGCAACUCGCAUUGACCCUGCACGACGGUCGACAGCCAACACCUCCUUCCUCUUGAACACCAAGCCUCAUCAGCCAUUACGAACAGUCAUGACACAGACAACGAAAUCGACAUCUCCCAUACCGCUCAUCAUCGAUACAGAUCCAGGCGUAGACGAUGUGCUCGCCAUCUUGCUCGCUCUCGCAUCGCCCGACGAGGUGGCAGUCAAAGCCAUCACACUGACCUUUGGCAACACGACUCUGGAUCACGCUUACGCCAAUGUCUUGCGAACAGGCGCUGUCCUGCAUCGCCACCUUGCAGAUCCUUCCACGUCUGAUGCGGUGAGGCAGCGAUACCGGGCUUUCAGCGCUGAUGCCGAACCCAUCGUCGUCGCUUCUGGAUCGACUCAGCCUCUGGAAGGGAAGAUGUUCACGGCGUCAUAUUUCCACGGUCGAGAUGGUCUGUCCGGAGUACACUGGCUACCCGACGACCCGUUCCCAGUGCCAAAGCAGGCGAUCGCACCGCUCGCACCAUCCGACAAACAUGCAGCAGACGUCAUCCUGGAUACGAUCCGACAACAUCCUCCUCACACUGUACGCAUCGCCGCCCUCGGACCGUUGACGAACCUCGCUGCAGCAUUCCGCAAGGAUCCGGAGACGUUUGCCAAAGUGGGCGGCAUCUCUGUUAUGGGCGGUGCUUUUGAUGUCCCUGGGAAUACGUCCCCGGUGGCCGAGUUCAAUUGGUACGCGGAUCCUUACUCGGUUCGCGUGCUAAUCGAUGAGGCUCCACGACAUUCGGCCUUGCAAGGCCGCCGGCUACCCGUUCAGGUGCUGGCAUUGGACAUCACCUCGGAUCACACCGUACCCUACUCGAAGCUGGUCAAGUCCACGUACGAAACCCCUCAAGACGCGCCCAAGGCCGCGAGUCAUUUGGAGAGAUUCAUCGGGACAUUCCUGACCCACCCUCGAGCCUUCACCAACAACAUGGUCGCGCCGGAGGAAUUUCAUCCGGACAAGCACGAUCUCUUUCAGGCGCACGAUCCGCUUGCCGUGGCACAUGCGAUCUUCGCACCGUUAUCCGCCACCGCAUCCACGGAUGGCAACGGGUGGAAACACACCCCGCGGAGAUUCCAGAUCGAGACCAACGGUGAUCUGACGCGAGGCUUCUGCGUGGUGGAUCGCAGGUUCACGGGAAAUGGAAGCAGCAGGAAGACUGGAGGGAAUAGAGCAGAGGAUGCGGAAAAGGAGCUGCACACGAUUGACAAUGUAGACGCUCCGGUUCAUCGCAAGAUGCACGAGGUGGACGAGUCGCAGAUUGGAUUGGUGGACGAGGUGACGGGGACGCCAGGGACUGAGUGGUUCUCAAAGAUGUUCCUGGAACGCAUCGGAUUGUGA